AUGGAUCCAGAUAAGAAAGAAAGACGAAGAUCGAGCAGAGGAAGACGUAGUAUGGCAGUCGUCACCACUGAUGGCAAAAGUCCCACUUCGCUACCAGUUUUGUCCGGAUCAAUUAAUGAAUCAAAUAAGGUUCUCGACUUGCGUAAUAGAAUUGAUGAUAUUGAUAAUUAUAUGACAAGUUUGAACAGCGAAAUCGAUAGUUGGCAAGGGCUAAUGAGGAGGUAUAAAGAGAUAAACAAUAAAAGUAUUGAACUACCCUUAAAAAGACCUUCCAAAGGUGUAUCCAUGCCCGAGCUAACAGGAUUAAGACCAAGGUAUUUAUUAAAUAGAGCAGAAAAGCUCUUUUUUGAUCGUUAUACUGAAUGUAAUAAGCAAAAAGAUAUUGAUGUAUUAACGGAACAAAAAGAAAAAGAUCUGAAAGAAAUAAAAAAAUAUGAUAAAGCUAUCGCCUCCCUACAAUCCCUCUACAAUGAACAACCAUUAGAACAAAUUGAAGCUGAUGGAAAGGCUUGGGGUGAAAUUAUGAAGAAGACGCAAUCUCAUUUACAUGAUCUAUCUAUUAGAGAAUCUGUUGCUCAGCAAACCGUUUAA